UGAACUCUUCCUCCUCAUCGAUACUUUAUUUUCAUGGCAGAACAUCUACAACUGACGCUUUGGAGAACAUUUACUGUGAAAACCACGAAUAUGUCGACUAGGAAUGCUUUCUUAAUUGCUUUGCUAUUGGCAAAGAGCGGGUCAGGUCUAUCGCCCGGAAGGGUUGGUCCUUCUGCAAGGGCUACUACUGCCUCCGUCGAAUCGGUCGCACGAAACGAGGCAGUGUCGAUAGAUGCUACUCCAGAUCGUCGUGGUUUCUUGGCUUCUGCUCUCGGCGUGGUUGGUGCCCCAACAAUGAUCGCGUUGACGUCUAUACCAUCGCCGGCCGACGCUCGUGACGAGCUUUUUCGGCCCAACCCGCUGACCAACCCACUCCUAGAACAGGUUCGGAUCAUGGAACAAGCCGAGAAGGACAACAUAAAAUACGGGGGUGAACUAGAGCGGGGCGAUGCCGGAAACAAGGGCAAAGUGGACGCAUACCCGUCGCUUCUGGUCCCGAUUUUGAAGAUCGACAAAGAAUUGAACGAGAUCAGAACGCUGGUUCGUUCCGGUGGCGAGAACAAGCCAUCAAACGAGGCCAUGUCACAGGCGCUCGCAAUACUGCAACAGCCGACUUACGAAAAGGUCAAUUUCAAAAAGACAUUCAACAAAUACGGGGACAAUAUUUAUUACAGCGACCCCGACCGCGCCAACUUGUAUCUCGGGGGAGGGGCUACUCCCAAGACAGAGCAAUCGAUUGCGUAUUUGUUGAGAAACGAUGUCCUAACAAACAUGGAGAAUCUUAGGGCAGAACUCGAAUACUUGAUCAAAAGUGAAGAAAAUGAAAUCGAAGAUUUAUACUCAUAUGCUGAUAUCUGUACAAGUGCAAUGAAGAAAUACCUUGCGCAGGUUCCACCGCAGCAGUUGAAGGAGGCAGAAAGAUUACUAUCUUCUGAACAGUCGUCGUAAACGAAGAUGGAUUAUAAAUUUAACCAGAGAUU